AUGGGUGGCACACAUGUGGGGAAAAUAUGGGCCAUAUCUUCAUGUAUAGCUUCCAUGGCUUGUGCUACUGGCUACUAUUUUCCUUACUGGAUGGAGGGAACUUACAUGUCCAAUAGCGGUGGCGUCGUGGCUGUCUACUUCGGCCUUUUUCGAAAAUGCCCGGAGAUACACGCAGGUGAAGAUGGUACUGUGAAAGUUCUGGAAAACUGUGGAAGAUACGGCGGAUUUUACGACAUCCCCAGUAUAUCUUGGCAGAUCAGCACUAUCCUCACUGGCGUUGGCACCAGCCUGUCCGUGCUGGUGGCUGUGUCUGCUUUGGUGUCCUUGUUCUUCAGUGACCUCGUGACCUGGCUGUUGACAAGACUGGCGGGGAUACUGCAGAUGUCGGCUGGUGUGCUUGUUAUAAUGGGAGUGAUGAUAUAUCCAAGAGGAUGGGAUGCUACGGAAGUCAUUCAGGCAUGUGGCCCGAUGUCUGGCGCUUAUCAACUUGGAGACUGCUCCUUGCACUGGUCUCUCUACAUGACCGCCACUGGCGGGGCGAUCACCAUCGUCUGUUCAGUAUUUUCUUGUCAUGUCUUCAGAGGCAAAUCCUACAGAACGUCGUAUAGUGUCUAA